UAUGACGUCCUCCCAUUCUAACCGCUCAUGCGUGUCUCCCAGAGCGCGCAGUGUGGCGAUCGGCAGUGCGAGGGACACAGUGGAUCACCGAUCCACAGAAAGAGCCAAAGAUGUCGGCUCGGUCAUGUGUCCAAUCACAGCUCAUCAAAUCAGCGCCACCUGUUAGUGUCCAUCAGUGCCAGCUCUCAGUGCUCAUCCAUAUCACCUGCCAGUGCCCAUCAGUGCCACAUCGGUGCCACAUUUUAGUGCCCAUCAGUGCCACAUCAAUUCCACAUAUCAGUGCCCAUCUGAGCUGCCUUUCAGUGUCACCCAUCAGUGCCAGUCAGUGCCACCUAUCAAUGCCAGUCAGUGCCACCUAUCAGUGCUGCUAUUCAGUGCCGCCUAUCAGUGCCAGUCAGUGCCGCCUAUCAGUGUGCACUAGUGCCCUUCAGUGCUGCCUAUCAGUGCCGCAUAACAGUGCCAGUCAGUGCCACCCUAUCAGU